AUGCCGCAAACUGGAGAUACUUCAGUAGUUAACACUGUGGACUCGACCUUUAAACAUAAGGAACCACCACAAAGUGUUGUAUCUGGAAUUGCAGUGCCACCAAAGCAGCCUGCACUGGAACAAAAGAUUCAGCACAAGUCCUUGUCUAAUAAUGCUGUCAAGAAUGACAAUGAAAGAUGUAGCCAGUUGAACUCUGUGUCCAAGAGGGAGCCAUUGUCUAUCAAAAAGACACUCCCAGAGGACUACAGACCUGUGGUUAACACAUCCCUGUUACUUGAUGACUUGUCACCUGACAGUGUUACUCUGUUGGAAGCUGACAGUUUCUAUGGACCAGAGAUUCUCGUCACUUCUGGAUCUCAUUGCUUUGUGGCCUCUGUACCUUUCUUUUGAUUGGACAACACAGACUACUGAUACUGCUGGAGA